UCCUGAAUAAAAAUUUAUUUAUGUAUCGCGAAUCACAUGGAAAAUAAAAGAAGGAGUUCGUAAUAAAUAAAAGGGUCCUUGCGUUGAGCUUCAAAAGUAUAACUCUUAAUACAAGUAAGCUGAGCAAUUUCAGCCAAUAUAUGUAUCUGGAAAAGUUGAAUGGAACUCAAAGAGGGAAAAACAUUCAUUCUGUAUAAUAAAUGGCAAAGUUCACGGCAUUAUUGCUUAUGAUUAUGGCUUUAUCCUAUUUGACAAGUAUGGCAAAUUCACAGGUGAAGAAUAUAUUCUUGCUAGCUGGACAGAGCAAUAUGUCUGGCCUAGGAGGUGUUGUGAAGAACGUAUGGGACGGUAUCGUUCCGCCGGAGUGUAGCCCUAGUCCGGCCAUCCUCAAACUUGAUGCCAAUUUACAAUGGGUGGAGGCAACUGAACCAUGAGAUAUCGACGUGAACGUUACUUGUGGAAUUGGUCCAGGUAUGCCCUUAGCAAAUUCUUUGUUGAAUAAAACCUCAUCCCUUGGGAUAGUAGGGUUAGUACCUUGUGCAAUGGCGGGGAAUAAAAUAAGUGAAUGGCAAAAGGGGACUUUCCUUUACAAUCAACUGGUUAAGAGAGCCAAAGCUGCUACAUUGCAAGAAUUUGGAGUAAUUAGAGCUAUGCUUCGGUAUCAAGGGGAGAGUGAUACAGGAACACUGAGAGAUGCAAAUGCUUAUAAAGGAAAAAUGCAGCAAUUUUUCACUGAUUUGAGAAGGGAUCUUGGGUUACCAAAGCUUUUGAUCAUCCAGGUGGCUCUAGCUUCAGGAGGAAAACAUUACACAGAGAUAGUAAGAGGAGCACAGUUAAAUCCUGAGCUUUCUAAUGUAGUAACUGUUGAUGCCAAGGACUUGCAGUUGCAUAAAGACAAUUUACGCCUUACUGUUUCUUCCCAAGUUCUCCUAGGCCACAUGAUGGCUGAUGCUUUCACGAAGACAAACUCAACCACAUCUUCGUUUCGUCGUGAUAGUUGUAAGCACAUAAUUUUAUUGGUUUUAAAAAUUAAUUUCUACUUAUUUAUUUUCCUCGUUCCUAUUCUACAUGUUCCCCACCUCUCAAACACACUUAUUCACAAGGGACCCACCAUCAUCAUACACCCACCCUCCUGCCUAACAUCAUCAUUUUUGUUCCUUUCUUUCCCCUUUUUUUUGAACAAAAAAGGAGGAACGAUAAUGCACACCCCAUAAAAAGUUUCCAUCAUCUUCCAUUCUUCUUUGUUUUAGACAAUUCGAAAAAAAACAAAAAAAACACUACACCGAUACAGAACCCAUAUACCCCCCUCACAUUUUUUACACAUCUCACCACUACAAUAGGAGGCCUACAGGGAAUAAUAGAGAGGAAACCACUCCAUUUUUUAAUUUAGGAACUGAAAAUUACACUCCAUUCUUCCACUCACAAAAAAAGGGGAACACUCGCAUCAUCUUCUAUUUCUUCUUGCUCACAGAUAGACUGAGACAAUACACGCAUCAUUUUCUUUUUCUUCGGGUUAGGCACACAAAACAGAGAAGAGAUUCCAUAUUUUUGCUUUCACUCUACACACAUACACCAUCACUCUCUUCCAUUUUUAGGGGAAUUCACACAUACCUCACCAUAUUCAUACCCACAAUACACAACAGACAACAAUAUUCAAUCACAUACUCACUCCCACUCACUACAGAGAUUGACCAUCUUCCUCACUCUAAACAUCACACACAGAAGACAUGAUACAUAUAGACCACAUACACAUAGCCACACAGUGAGAGACGUGAGAGAAGAAAGAGACGAACGGAGGGGUAGGAUCGGAAAUAGGAGGUCGAAAAGGUAGAGUUGAGAGAGAAGCAAAUCACUGUGUUUAUUACUGUUCCGGCGACCAGAUCUCAGUCGUAGCUCCGGCAACGAUUGAAACCGGCUUCAAAACCCCAAAAGUUUCCCUAUUUUUUGGUUUUCCGGUGAAACCCAGUCGAGAGGCCCCACUCUGUUGACUGCCGGGUCAGUCGGAGCUCCGGUGAGUUGCAAACGGCAACCCAGUUACGAUUCCGGUGAGAUUCGGUUACGGUUGGUUUGAAAUCCGAAAGUUGGGGUUCGUUUCAAGGUUUUUGUUCCAGUUUUAAAUCUGUCCCGUUUGUAUUUCUUCAAUAUCGAGUUGGAGUUAUUCGUGAUCGAGAUUUAAAUCGGAGUUCUUCGAACACGGUUCCAUCUUCAAUAUAUUGAAAUCGGCACUUGAGGUCUCAAUCUUUGACUCUUACUUUUUUUGUUUUGUUUCAAUUUGGUGCAUUGAUGUUAUGAUUGUGUGUUGUUGGUUGUGAUGAGAUGAUCUUGGUUAAUAUUCAUUAUGUUUACUCGUGAAUAAUUAAUCAGGGUACGAAUUUGAUGUUAGCAUGAGUUCA